CCCAGACCAUUAGUUGUCAUCAUAAAACUAUUGGUCAUAUUCUUGCUCAAUACUUAACCCCUGAAAAAACACUUCCUAAAAAAAAUAUCAGCCGUCCUCCCUUGAUCAACACUGCAGGUUGUAAACACCUUAAGAAACUUGUAACCAAUGAAAAGAGGCAGUUUACAGCAGAUGCACUCCAUAUAGUCUUUGAAAAAAAACAAGUGAAGCAAACAGGUUCAAACGGAUUGAGUGAUGCCAGGAAAAGGCCUAUAUAUAUGUAUGGCAUAAAACUGAAGAAGAAUUGCAACCAGACUGUCUUGCUCCGAAGGUUGUUUGAAAUGAGGGAUGCAUGGUGUGGACUGGGUUUGCUUAGAAGGAAUGUGAACCACUUGUCUUGCAUUCCGGCUUUGUUACAGGUAGAGUGCAUGCACAGUUAUUGA